GGAACAUGUAGACGCAGGGUCUGUUUUGCAUGUUACAGUUUCUUUUUCGGUGGUUCGGUUCGGCUUGCAAUGGCCUCCAGGAUAUCAUUUUCACAGUACAAAUUGGAGGCGGAAAUAGAAAAAUGUAGGGGAGAAUGUCAAUGGGACAGAAUCCAAAAUCUUGUGAAGCAACUUUCUCCAAAAGCUUCAGAAAAUGAUGAUUUUGGGAAUCUGCUGCUUGCUGAAGUUCUCUUGGAACAGUGCCUGAAAGAAAACACAGUCAAGCUAAAAGAUUGCACUCCAUUAAUGGAAAAGAAUGAACCCAAAAUGAGAGAAGCCAAAAACCACUUAAGCAGUAUUUUAAACAGAGGCAAACUACAACAUAACCUGAUGGCUGAAGCCAUUCUUACCUUAGCAAAAUUGCAUUUUGUGGAAGGGUCUUAUCGUGAUGCGCUCAGCAUGUAUGCCCGAGGAGGCAUUGAUGAUCUUUGCGUGGAUGAUGAACCACUUUAUAAGAAAAGACUUUUAGCUGAGGCCUACGUUAUUAAAGGCUUGUCUCUUGAACGUCUGGCUUCAUCUGUUACCUCAAGGGUUCGUCUCUUUGAACGAGAAGAGGAAACGAUGUCCUGUUUUGAGAAAGCUGGUGAUAUUGCUCUGGUCUACUUACAAGAAGUGGAUCGGGCCAUGGUCAACACUCAGUCAAGACCCAUCAAGGGGAUUGUUCCAGUUUUGGAGAUGGAGCUUACUUACUUUCUUGAAGCUGCAUUGCAAAGCGCUUAUGUGGCCUAUUUCAAAAAAAGGAACAUGGUCAAAGGAGUUAAACGAAUUCGGGAAAUGUUAAGAGCAAUGGAGACAAGAGCCACACGGAAUUUCAGAAUGACAAUAGCCAAGCAACUGGCUGAGGUACUUCUACACAGUCUGUGUGAGGACAGUUACUGGAAUCCAUUUUCAGAUCCACCCCCUGACCUCAAUACUGAGGAAAGUGAAUCUACUUUAAGUGUGAGCUACACACUAACUACUGGUCCUCAACUCUACCAAGGAGACGACCUGUUCUGCCCACGGGAUAUUGUUGAAGAAGCUCUCCUACUCCUCCUAAUCAGUGAAUCGAUGGCAAACCGAGAUGCUGUAAUAAGCCGUGCACCUGACCAGAAGAAAGAUCGCACCAUCAGCUUCCAGAUUGCUUCUGCAUUAUAUGACCUCUUGAGCAUUACAUUGGGUAGAAGGGGACAGUAUGAGAUGCUCUCAGAAUGUUUAGAACGAGCAAUGAAGUUUGCAUUUGACGAAUUCCACCUGUGGUAUCAGUUGGCACUUUCAUUGGUGGCUAGUGGGAAGUUCAUGUGGGCUGUGUCUGCUCUCAGAGAAUGUGCAAAGCUCCAUCCUAAUGAUCCAAGCAUACCACUCAUGGCUGCCAAGGUCUGCAUUGGAUCUCUACACUGGCUGGAAGAAGGAGAGAAGUUUUCUACUAGUGUAACUGCCAUGGAGGAAGAAGCAGGUGAAUUUCUUGCCAAAGGCUAUUUGGGCCUAGGGUUGGUCUACAGUCUCCAAGCUACAGAAGCUACAUUAAGGAGCACCCAAGACAACCUGCAUAAGAAAGCUUUGAAAGCUCUGAUGAGAGCCCAGAGUUUGGAUCCUGAUGAUCAUCGGGUCGUCCUAUACCUUUCCUUGCAGAUGGCAUUCAAAAGGCAGAUCUCUGAAGCUAUUGAAAUGCUACAAGCAGCCCUAAAACUACAGAAUGAUGACAUGCAUUCUCUCCAUUUAUUGGCACUUCUGUUUUCUGCUCAAAAGCAUUAUCAACAGUCUUUGGAGAUUAUUGACAUGGCAAUCAACGAAUACCCUGAAAGCUUCAGUUUACUUUUCAGCAAAGUCAAACUUGAGGCGAUUCACAAAGGACCCGAUGAAGCUCUUGAAACCUGCAAACACAUGUUAAGCAUGUGGCAGAAAACAUACAUUUCACAGUUCAGUGAUUGGGAGAAAGAAAGCAGUCUAAUUGAAGGGGCACAGAUUGACAAGCGGAGCACGCUUCAAAACAGCGUAGGUGAAGGAACAUCGGCUGAGAAACGAAGCACCCUCCAUCCUGGUUUUCAUGAGGGUGAAUCUGGUUCCCAGCGACUAUCAUCAGUCGCUGCUUCUCGAAUGGAACUCGCAGCAUCUGAGGUGUCUGCACAAAGCACCAGCAUGAAAAAUUCCCCCAAGCACUUGUCCAUCAUUUUGGAGCAGAUUUGGCUACAGGCUGCUGAACUUUUUAUUCAACUACAAAGAACCAAGGAAGCCUCAUUUUGUAUUGAAGAGGCAGCCAGCCUUUUCUCUGUGUCGCAUGAUGUAAUGUUUAUGCGUGGGAGGUUGGCAGAGGUGAGGGGCAACUUGAAUGCAGCCAAGCACUUUUAUGAUGAAGCUCUUGCCAUGAAUCCACAAAGCGCAAAGAUCAUGGAGCACUUGGGAAGGGCACUCCACAAGCUGGGCCGGAGCAGCUUGGCAGAGAAGGUUCUGAGAGAUGCCGUUCAGGCUUUGUCGACGUCCCAUGAGGCCUGGAACUGCUUGGGGGAGGUGCUGCAAGACACAGGGAGAAACGAAGAUGCUGCAGACUAUUUUCUCACUGCUUUGGAGCUGGAAGCCAGCUGUCCUGUGGUGCCAUUUACCGUCAUCCCAAGAGAACUUUGAAAGCAAUCAAAAAAAGACACAAAGUGCCAGAGUAACUCAGCAGAUCAGGCAGCAUCUGUGGAGGACAUGGUUUAGUUUAGUUUAUUAGUGUCAUGUGUACCAAGAUACAGUGAAAAGCUUUUUUUUUUUGCAUUCUUCCAGUCAAAGAAAAAAAACGCAAAUGAGUACAAUCAAGCCGUCCACAGUGCAUGGAUAAAGGGUACAACAUCUAGUUCAAAGAUUGAUUUCAAUACUUGACGUUUCAGAUUGGGACACUUCCUUGUUUCUACAUUUCACUGCUCCACUGCAAGCAGCAUCUGCAAUUCCUUGUUUCUACUUUGAAAUCAAUCUGCUGG